AUGGCUGUCAAGUCGUUUCCACAAUCUGGCGAGAAGAAGGCUUACACACAAACUCAUGUCUCGUUCCAGAGCACUGGGUCCACCAACAUUUCCUCUGUGAAUGCUCUCAACUCCAAUCAACUCUUUGUUGUCAAGAAAGAGAGAGGUACUGGUGCUGAAAAGAGAAAAUGGGCUGUUGAGAUGAAUGACGCAAGGAUCCUCUACCUCAGCUACAAUUGUCAGGUCAACAACACUGAUGGUAUAAUGGCUCGCUGUUGCCUCCAUUACAGUUUGAGAAAGUAUUGGCAUUCUGCAGGGCUUCAUGCUCUUACGCUUGCCAUUACUACCGCAUACAACAUUUACUUGGAAUGUACCAAAGGACUGUUGGAUCCUACUUGGAAAGUAGUCACGCCAAUGACUUUCCAUAAGUUCCGCGACCGGCUCUCGUGCCAGAUGAACUACAAACCAAGGUUCACAUGUUACCCAGGUGAUGUGGGAUUUUGA